AUGCCCUCAAAUAGAGACUACUAUUACGAAGACGGUAUAUUUUUCAGCAAAGGUUCAUCCUCAAAAGAUAUGCUUGAAGAUAAUGAAGCAGUUCCACUUCCCAAAUACCCCAUUGGAGUGAGUUUCAGAAAAGCUGAUCAAAUACACUUCCGUGAACUUCGAACUGAACAUGGAAGAGUUAUCUUAACUCAAAUUAAACAAAAAUGCUUGGUUGAUUAUUUAUCAAGUUUCUAUUCUGUUCUACCUGAAGAAAAAGAUGAUGAAUAUAGCAUGAGUCAUUCUGAUUUACUUAAAUACUCUCAGAGAAGAUUAAGAGAUAAAACAUUUACUGAAGGAACUAAUUUGGUAACCAAAUUUGGUUUACCAAGGAGGAAUCUUGGUUAUGGUGGUUUUGCAACUACUUAUAAAUUCAUAACCAUUGAUAAAACCUAUCAUGUUGUGAAAUAUAUCACGUUAGAUCCUAGACGAUUUACUACUUUUGAAAAGAUUCAUGAGGAAUAUCUUAUCACUCGUGAUUUAGAUCCAAAAUUAUUUGGAGUUGGACUUGACAUAUUUGCAUCAUUAAAAGAUCCUUAUCAUAUUAUGUUUGUUCAAAAAUUUAUUGAAGGUAAAGAUUUAAUACUGAGUAUUGAACUGAAUCCAAGAUUUCAAAAUCCUGAGUUUUCGUUUCAAGUAUUUAAGACUAUCGCCAACAGUGUUCAUAUCCUUCAUGAACAAUAUAACAUUUGUCAUAGUGAUUUAAAGCCAGAAAAUAUCAUGUUUGACUCAGAUACAGACAAAAUUAAAAUCAUUGAUUUUGGUAUGAGUUUCAGAAUGGAUUUACCUAUUACAAGUUAUACAAAUGUCGUUAAUUUAAAUUGUGGUACUCCCGGUUAUUAUCAAAGAAUUCGUUCCAAUGAUCUUGAAUAUGAAUUAGAUUAUAAUUAUAUUGGUAGAGCAAAAGAUAUGUUUUCUUUAGGACACACUUUCUUCAAUAUGCUUUCCUAUAAUAAUCUUUGGGAUAAUUGUUCAAUGAAAGAUGUUGCUUAUGCAAAAUAUUACAAAACUGGAAGAUUACUAGAGUAUGAGAAUUUAAAAAGAAGAUAUUAUGAAACAGGUCAAAAGGAGAAACUACAACAAGUUGUAAAAGUUGAAAUUUGGUUAAGGUAUAUGAUGCAACUAAACGUAUCCGCCAGACUUACUUUUUAUCAAAUGAUAACUGAUGAAUGGUUUAGACGUAUACCAACUUUACAUAAAAAGCUUCCUGGUGGACUUUAUUAA